AAGUUAAUAUUGAAGGUCGAAGGUCACAUCGGCAGGAAAGAUGGCGGCGGUCACGAGCAUGAGAAGUGUCUUCGUCAACAUUUGUAUUGUUUUGUCUUCCGUACGAGCAUAUAUCUCAUCAGGACCAUCAUUAAACGAUGACAUGCUGCUACCCUUUCCAUCAUUUGAGGAGUGGCCGAGGCACUCCCACCGCCAUGUCAGAGACUGUCAGCCUGAUAUAUUUGGUAACGCCACCCACGAAACAUUCUCUGCGCACAGAAACUCCAAUAUAACUGUCCCAUCUACCACCAGAUACUUUGUAACCAAAGUGGUGGACUCUCUUGGGAAUGUUAAGAAUGGUUACGGACAUUAUACAGUGAUCAACAAUCCACUGAGAACUUUUUCAGUCGUGGAGCCAGGUGGGUCCAAUGGCUGUAUUGAGGAGAGAAGAAGGACGGUUUUGAACACGUCUCAGGCCCGUACCUGCCAUGUAGCUGUUAAUGCAGGUUUCUUCAACACUCACACGGGAGCCUGCCUGGGGAACGUGGUGACAGAUGGCAAACGUAUACAAGACUCAGGGGGGAUACAAAAUGCCAACUUUGGGAUCAGAAAGGAUGGAACAAUUGUAGUUGGGUACCUGUCUGAGCUGGAUGUUUUACAGGAAGACAACCCAUUUGUGCAACUAGUGACUGGAGUUAUCUGGUUGGUCAGGAAUGGGACUGUCUACGUGAACGAGAGUCAAACCACAGAAUGUGCAGACAUGCAGGAGACUGGUAGCCUGGAUAGGUUUGUGAAUGUUGUGUCAGCUCGGUCUGCAGUAGGACAUGAUGAGGAGGGAAGGGUGGUCCUGGUGCACAUAGAAGGACAGACAGGAGACAGAGGAGUAAGUCUAUGGGAGUUUUCAGAUUACCUGCAGAGACUGGGGCUGGUUAAUGCCAUUAACCUGGAUGGAGGAGGGUCUGCCACAGUGGUGAUGGAUGGAACUGUUGCUAACUACCCUUCUGACCACUGUGCUGACAACCCAGCCUGGCGCUGUGCCCGUGCAGUCUCCACAGCUCUGUGUGUGCACAGUCUGGACUGUGAGCCAGCAAACUGCAGUGGACAUGGGGAGUGUGUGAAUGGGGAAUGUCAAUGUCAGGGCAGAUGGUCUGGUGCAGGCUGUGAGGAGCUGGACUGUGGUGAUUGUGGUGUCCAUGGUACCUGUACGGAGGGUGGCUGUGUGUGUGAGGAAGGCUGGUUGGGUGCCGCCUGUGAUGAGCCAGACUGUCAUCCAUCCAACUGUUCUGGACAUGGCAUCUGUGUCAUGGGACAGUGUCAAUGUCAGGAAAAUUCUAACAGCUCAUGGAGUGGACCCACCUGUGAUGUUCUUCAGUGUGGCCCAAACAACUGCAGUUCCCACGGGAGCUGCAUGGUGGAUGGAUGUGUCUGUGACCCUGGUUGGGUGGGCGUGGAGUGUGAACUGACCUGUCCCCCAGGUGUAUUUGGUCCCAGCUGUGCUGUAGCCUGCACAUGUGAACAUGGGGCAACCUGUGACCCACAGACUGGAGCCUGCACAUGUCAGCCAGGGUGGACUGGGGUGGCAUGUGACCAUGUCUGCCCCUAUGGGACAUUUGGAACGGAGUGCAGCCACAGGUGUGAGUGUGCCGACUCCUGUAGCUGUGACAGGGUGACAGGAGACUGUAACGUCACUCUCAACCAGACUCUGCCUACAGACUUGUACUCAGCGAGUCACUGCAUCGCAACUGGGGUCAUAAAGGAAGAAGUAUCAAAGAUACGGCAGGAGAUGGAGGAUCUUCUAAGAAACCCCUGGUUCAUAGCGUGUGUGAGCUGUGCCAGUCUCCUGUUCAUCAGCCUGGUGGGGAACGUCAUCCUCCUGUGUUAUCACUGCUCCUGUAGCUGCACCUCUCGUCCAAUCAAGUACUCCCACCUCCCCAUGCACGACCUCCCAUUCGACAGGUUCCAAGACGAAUUGGAAGUGGAUAAUAAGUCGCAAAGCCACAACCAGUCUACAAAAUUAUGAUAUACUUGUACAGUAUGCUGAAAAAAAAUCCUGCAUGUGCCAGUAGUAACCACAGCCAAAUGUCAAAAAGAGUACAUGUGUUGUACAAUAUACUAAGUAUACAAACCGUGAUCAGGAAGAA